ACAUCCGGGCAUUCAGAAGGCUUGCACUCUGGGCUACAAGCUGAGGACCUGGUUUCUCUCACUCUCGCCCAGGGGAAAGUCCCCGGACUCGAGGCAGAAAGUGCUCUGGGUGAUUCCAGUGUCGACCAGCGUCCACCCUUCAUAAAGCUGAGAUGUUCGCAUGAACUGAGCUUGGGGAUCGUUGGCCGACUUUGUCAGCGUUGAUAGUAAUGCAAGUAAGCAACUACUACCGCUUAAACAGAACGGGGCUCAUUCUCGGAAUGCACAUUUUACAUUACAACAAACAUUUUAAGGAAGUUAGCUCGUCCGUCUUGAAUGGAAGCUCAACACUGCAGGUUUACUGUGGACGGUGUGAACACACAUUAUGCACGUUUGGUGUCUUUUACACAACAGGCAAAAAAAAGCUAACCUAAUUUACUAGAGCUUGUGAAUGAGAAAUGUAGACUACAUCCGCUCCGUUCUUUAUUGCAUCGCAUUUAAUGACGGAGCGGCAUAAACAUAAACGUAUCACUUGUUUACCAGAAGCAAGUCCCCAAUUUGAAACGUGUUUAGGUAUCCAUCUAGUGGUUGAAAAUGUGACGUGCAAUUCAUCAGCGUCAAACUAAGUGCCCAUAAGGCAAAUCAACCUGACAUUAUAGGAUAUGCUUUGCAAAUAAAAGCUUCAACCUCUUGAUUGAUGACCAUUUUCAGUGACAUAAAAAUUUAUUACUUUUACACAUCUACACAAUUUCCCUAAAAGAUGUCUGUGAAAACUCUUAGUCGUCCGGGCCAUUGCUAGCCAAGGUAAGUUUUAAAUCAAGCGCAACUGGACUUGGUUGAAGAUACUUAAAGAUGCUUCGCCUCUUAUUCAAGAGGCUUCUUCAAUUCUGGCUGACUGGCAGGGAAUCCCAGCCAUUUAACCUCAGUGGGGUCAUUGUGAAUUUGAUGGAAAGGCCCACACAGCUUGGUUCGUUAGUGCUCCUGGCUGUUGUAGCAACAGUCGUUAUGGUUGUUGUAAAGUCACCUGAGGCCAAGUCUGAAUGACCUUCAUUGGCAUUGUCACAUGAUGCCAAAUGUGAGCGUUUGUUCAAUCUCCAGGGAAGAGAUGAAAGACAGCACUCUAAGCAGGUGAUAAAUGGCGUCACAGACCUCCACUCUUGAGAGAUAGUUUCUCUACUCUGGUGUUGACUCUGGCUUAUUUCACUCCUCUCUAAAAACAUCUUUCCUCCCUAUAUAGAAUAUGAAUAUUGUUGUUAUAGUAUAAUAGUGUCCCUAAUCCUUCAAAUGUAGGUAAACUGCUGAGUCUUGACCUGAGGAGUUGGCCCCUCUGUGAUGAGCCAUGCGUUUGUGUAAUGGUUAUUUAGUUUCCCCAAGAAAUAGGUCUGUGCAUUUCUCACCACUCUCGACAGCAUACACUAGAUUGCUUUUCUUGUGUUUGGGCGUGCAGCCUUUAGGGUGGACUAGUAUCUAUCCUAGUGUGUACUUGGGUUUAAAAAACACAGGGUGCUUGUCAAAAAUCCUCUUACGGUUAUCAAAUACUCCAGACACAUAUGGAAUCACAAUGUUGUUGUUGUCUUGUGGCUGUUUUUGUAAAGUGCCAGUUGGGAUAUCUACAAGCUGUAAGUGCAUCCUUCAGUUGUUUAUGCUCAUUCUUUUGAGCUUGGGCACUUGUUGGUAUGUUAUCAACUCAAUGGUGCAGGGAUCUGAUAACCCAUAGCUUAUGCUCUGAUGCCAGUCAGCCAGAUCUGAAGAACCCUCUUGGAUGAGAGGUGAAGCAUCUUCAAAUAUCCUUGAAAGAAGCCCAGUUGCCCUUGAUUUCCACCCUUUAAGCUCUUUAAUGUCCAGAAUCCCUUGCAAAAUUAUUUCUAUAACUGACCAGUAUGUGUCUGUACUUACAGUAAGCUAUACUGUCCUUACUGUAAUGGAGCAGUGCACAUUGACAUUAUAAUACUGUAGUAUUUGUCUUGUUUGAACACCUUGGGACAAUUUCACAAUUUCAUGUUAGCCAAUAUGGAGAUGGAAAAAGCAUUAGGUGAUCCAGAAAUACCAUGUGCUGAGUCAUUAUUAUUCUGCAUUGUCUGCACUGCAUAUUGCCAUUGGGGUCUCCAUUUUCUCUGUGGCGUCACCUUUGUGCGUGACGGAGAACAAAGACCCUUGUUUUUUCACAUUAACACCAGUAGAGGGAGCACCAGAUAUGCAUCAUCCUUACUGAGACGCUCUGACACCAAAGCACACACAGACACACGUCGACAUGAAGUAUACCACCGGAUUAGGCAGCACACGAAAAGAUUACAGUGUCACAUGGUGGCCCCUCCAAAUGGUCCCUGCCAGUAACCUACUUUCCCCUCUGAGCUAUCCCAUCAUUCAGUUGGAGUGGGCGUAGGCUCAGGCAGCAGCAGCAUCAUCAAAGGUUCAGCUCCUCCCUGCUGUAUCCUGGAGAGACAGACUGAGGGAGGGAGGUUGGGACAGAUGGGAUCAGGGUCAGAUGAAUUCAAGUCUGAGUGACGACGGCAGUGUGCGCGAAUGAAGUGGACAAUGUGUGUGUAUGUGUGUGAGAGAGGACGAAUCAGGGAGGGUUAGGGAGAGUUAGGGGGUGGGGUGGUUGCGUGUGUUAGAGAGACAGAGAGGAGAUCCAGGCAGGAGGAGAAAGGGGACAUAAAGGACGGAAGGAAACAGGGGGCCCGGAGGAAAAAAGACAAGACAGGGGGACCCAGAUUAAGAGGGAAGAUGGCUGAGCCGGAGCUGAAAUCACGGAGCAGCCGGGAGAGCGUUGCCAAGGCGGCGAGCCAGGAGAAGAUGGGAGCAGCUGAUGCAGACCCAGACCAGGACGAUUUGAUUGUAGAGCAGCCGUCUACCCUCAUGGUCCCUGCUCCCACUGCCACAAGUCCCACUGAUGGCUCACCUACCAAAGGGGAGAAGAUCGAGCUCAAACGCAGUAUCACCCUCUUCAACGGCGUGGGAAUGAUCAUAGGCACCAUCAUCGGCUCUGGCAUUUUUGUCACUCCAACAGGCGUGGUCAAAGAGACCGGCUCAGCAGGGCUCUCCCUGAUCAUCUGGUCCGCCUGUGGAGUGAUCUCUACCAUGGGUGCCCUGUGCUACGCUGAGCUGGGCACAACCAUCACCAAGUCGGGGGGAGACUACACCUAUAUCCUGGAGGUGUAUGGUGAACUGGCGGCCUUCCUGAAGCUGUGGGUGGAGAUGCUCAUCAUCCGGCCGUCGUCACAGUAUGUGGUGUCGCUGGUGUUUGCAACCUACCUUCUGAAACCUCUCUACCCGAACUGCAGCGUGCCCGACAGUGCUGCCAAACUCAUUGCCUGCCUGUGUCUUACCUCCCUGACGUUUGUAAACUGUAUCAGUGUGAGAGCGGCCACCAAGGUCCAGGACAUGUUCACGGCCUCCAAAUUGCUAGCUCUAAUCAUCAUCAUCCUCUUUGGCUUCAUCCAGAUUUCCACAGGUGAUGUGCCGUACCUGACACCAGAAAAGGCAUUUGAAGGCAGCAAAACGGGAGUGGACAAUAUUGUAUUGGCUCUGUACAGUGGUCUCUUUGCUUUUGGAGGCUGGAAUUACCUGAACUAUGUGACGGAGGAGAUGAUCAAUCCAGAGAGAAACCUUCCCUUGUCCAUCAUCAUAUCGAUGCCUAUAGUGACGGUGGUGUACGUUCUGACCAACCUAGCCUACUUCACCACCAUCUCUCCUCAAGUCAUGGUCGAGUCCGAGGCUGUUGCCGUGAGCUUUGGGGAGUACCAUCUUGGUGUGAUGUCCUGGCUGAUUCCUGUCUUUGUGGGACUGUCUUGCUUUGGAGCCGUUAACGGAUCUCUGUUCACCUCAGCACGGUUGUUCUAUGCUGGAGCUCGAGAGGGUCAACUCCCUGCUGCUCUGGGAUUGGUCCACACAGACCUCUUCACACCGGUGCCGUCCCUCAUCUUCACAUGUUUGCUGUCGAUGAUGUACGCCAUUUCUCAGGACAUCUUCUCUGUCAUCAAUCUCUUCAGCUUCUUCACCUGGCUGUGUGUCGGUAUGGCCAUUGCUGGCAUGCUCUGGCUUCGCUUUACUAAGCCCGACCUCAGAAGGCCUAUUAAGGUGUAUCUGUUCAUCCCUGUAACUUUUGUUUUGGGCUGCGUCUUCAUGAUCGUUGUGUCCUUCUGGGCAGCUCCGUUUGAGUGCCUGGUAGGCAGCAGCAUCAUUCUCACAGGCAUCCCGGCAUACCUACUGGGCUACAAGUGGAAGAAACCCUAUGUGGUCAAGAAGAUGCUGGAAAUCUUCACCAUGUUCUGUCAGAAGAUCUUCAUGUCUGUUCCUGAGGAGAGGGAGCAACAUGAGGCAACAGAAUAACACUGGACAAACUGAAAAGGACGAGACUGAGUUAAUAUUUUCGUCUGAACGCUGUUGAUAUGUUUACAUUCAUUCCAUUUGUGAUUUGGCCACAUCAGUUCUUUUUUAAAAACCCUUCACCUAACCAGGCUUGUUUCAGUGGAACAAAUUGGUAUUUACAAGGGCGGCUUGGCAAUCUUGGCAAAGGGGGGGUGUUUACGUGAACGUAAUGCUCUUGUGAAGGCACAUUUUAUGAACACUACAAAAUGUGUAAAAUUUGGAAAUCUUAAGUUGUUUUUUGACGUUCCACUGCAUUGUAUUCUUAAUCUAUUUUACAAUUAUAUCUCCAUUAAUGCUAGAACAUGCUUACUUGUUGCAUAUUAGUUAGUAAAUGGAGAUUCAUGCUCUAAUCUCAAGUAAUGCUCGCAGGCACACAGUAACUGCGAAAUACUGCAAACACAGCAUCAGAAGCUACAUAUGAUGUACUCUAGUGGCCUGAAACAUGCAAGUGGAUUGUUCACCAUAAGUGUACAAAUGAGCAUCUUAGUUGGGCAAGAAACAUUUUUCUUUUUUAACUUUCUUUACAUUUAAUCAACACUAAUGACCAAAAUACACAUAGUUUAUUAUAGUUUACAGUUUUAUAGAAUAAUGACUUGUGAGUUAAACUCUCUGUUAAUGAUGUAUGAACUAACUUUCAUAUAAGAAACAGUCACUGACAGUGUACAGUGUAUAAAUGAGGUCAGGGUUGGAAGAGGAAAUUGUUAACUAGCAUAACACUGAUUACAUUAGACUUAUGUGCUACUAAUAUUUAUGUUGAAUAACAUUCAUUUCAAUAUUUGUAUUUUUUUGUAUUCCUUUGUAAAAUAAAUCCACAGCACUAUCUUAAAGCACAAACUAAAGUGAGAUCAAACAGGAUAUGUAAUGUUUUCUUAAGAUGUGUUGUUGUGAAGCAGGUCUGUUUCUCGUGUUGUUAUUCCGACAUCAAAUCAUGUCAGAGUCAGCGUUCCAUAUGUGAUGAUAGCUGAUGAAAUGACAUUGGAUACCAGCACCUGUUUGUGAGGCAUUAUUGUAAGACACUGAAGACCUGUAUAGAUGUCAUUGUGGUUUUAUUUAGUAAGCUCCAUUCUAGUGUUUAGUGAUUUGUAUUGUGUGUAUAUAUAAUAUGUGCCAGACAUGUCAGUGCUGAUAUUCCAGUUGUUUUUUAAAUGUCAUUGUAAGACCAAGAUGAAUGUUGUACCUUUAGUGACAGCAGCUUUGUUUUUAUAGGAAAUGUACCUAUAAACUCUGACUUUUGAACGCAA